ACACGCCGCUCUGGUAUGUAGCGGCGGCGGUAGCAGCACCCGCAGCCCGCGGGCAGCCUCGCUCGUUCCCGCCUCCUCGCUCUGUCCCUCCUUCGCCGCCAAUCCCCGCCUCCUCUCGCGCCCCCCUCGUUUCCUGCUGCUGGCGGAGGCCGAGGGAGAAGGUGGCGGUGGAGGCGGUGGACGGAGAAAAAAGUGCCCCGGAGCUGGACCGAGAGAGGCGGCCGCCGCCCCCGACUCGUCCACGGAGAAAGCCAAAGCGCCGCCGCCCCCACCACCUCCUCCUCCACCGCCCCCCCUCUCCUAGCCAGCCACUUUACGUCCCUUCCGCCCACCUCGGGACAAUAGAAACAGGGAGAUGUCCUCCUCCGGCAGCGGCCACCACCAGCACAGCCAGAGCCGCGCCAUCCCCACCAGGACGGUGCCCAUCAACGACUCCUCGCAGCUACCUCAUGACUAUUGCACCACGCCCGGGGGCACCCUGUUCUCCACCACUCCUGGAGGUACCCGAAUCAUCUAUGAUCGCAAGUUUCUGUUAGAUCGCCGCAAUUCUCCCAUGGCUCAGACCCCUCCUUGCCACCUGCCAAAUAUCCCAGGAGUUACCAGCCCUGGUACUAUGACUGAGGGUUCCAAAGUGGAAGUAAACAAUCUGAACAAUCAUGAUGGGAAGCCUAUAAUUGGUGAUGAUGCUCAGUUUGAGAUGGAUAUCUGAUCUUCCUUGAGGGUAACCAUGGAGAGACAGCAACUCCUGAUCACCUGUGCACAUCUGAUUUGGCCAACAGGAUCAACAACUAAAGGAUGGAAGAAGCUCUUUCCCACUGGAAUCUUCACUUCAGCUAUUGAAGUGCCAAAGGAUAAGAGGACUGUUCUCCCCCCCCCUCCUCCUUGAUUCCCGUUAGUCACACCAAGUUUCCCGCUCCUUUGUUUCCCCUACUUCCCCUUUUUUUAAAUCUUCUCAUCUCCCUGGUCUGUGACUGAAUUGAAACCCAUGUUAAAUUUAUAGAGCUAAGGAAUGUCCCUUAGCUUCUCGCACUUUAGAGACAACUUACCAAUUCAUGCACCUGCGAGAAUUUACUUCCAUCAACAAUUGGAUAUUUAUUGCAAAGCACAAAAGAGCCAUGGAAGGGGUAUAUGCUUGAAGGGGCAUUACACUGCCAUUGUUCUCCUCACCCUUAACUGCUGCCAAUUUAAUCCCUGUUUAUUAGCCUGUUUCUGUGUAUCAUCUAUGUGCAAAGUGCACUCACUUGGGUUCUGAUCCUUGUUAUUCAACCUCUCCUUAUUAGUUAGUACAUCCUUGCAUAUUGGCACGUGGGUGGGGUUUUGUCUGCUACAAGAGCAUUGCUGUGGCCUCUUUUGCCCUUCCAUUUAAUAUGUUCCUAUUCUAUUCCUUUAGAAGAACAAGUGGGAAAUUUAGAAAGAGCCACCACUUAAUCAUACAUCUUUCUCAUUUCAUCCCAAGGAGUGUCUCCUAGGGUCUCCCAUUUCCAAAAAGCUCUAGCAAUUCAGAUUCCUAAUUUGAAUCCAUCAGUGUAAAGGGGAACCGCAUUUUGUUCUGAUGUAAUACCAUGCUUAAUUGUCCUCUAUAUUGUUUGUCCUCAGUCAUCUUGCAAGUUUUGCUGCUGUUAACAUCGGCUGGAUUCUUUGCAAGUCUGUUAUUGUGCCAAAAGUAUUAAUUGAAAUAACCUGAUGAAGCUUGACUAGAGUAGGCUUUGCAAAAACCUUAUGCUCUUGUGUAAACUUGGGGUACCCUGAGAAUUACUGGGAUGUUGGAAUGUGCAGUGCUGAUUUCAUGUGUGGCUUCGGAGGAUUUGGGGUGAUGGGCAAUCAAAUAGAUAGAAGACUAUUAUAUUUUAUCACAGUCUUCUCUGGAGCAAAACCACUCAGCUGUGUUCCUGGUCACCAUCUUGUUGCAUGUUUCUUGAAUUAACUCAUUAAUAAAUUGGCCAGAAGAGCAAUCUAUUUGAGUCUCCCUGAGGCUAGUUUUGUCAGGCAGGAAGUUGCCCAUUGUUGCUGAUGGCCUCCUAACUUAAUUAGAUCAUGAAGUUGAACUGCUUGCCUGGGAUUGAAAAGGAGAGAGUCCAUCCUUGAUGGGCAGGUUACUUUGUGACAAUACCAUGGAGGGAAUUACUUUGAAUUCAGCUAGUGGAUGAGUUCAUGUCUUAGUUGCAGUGCCACCUGAUAACUUGAACUGUGUAAAAAAUACAUCGUCCUAAGGCUACAAUAUUUUGUCUAAUCAUCUGUGCUAAUGCAUUAAAAACUUUUUGCUUGAGUAAAAACUGUGCCCCUAAUAAAUCAGGCAGCAGAAUUUUUUUGACAUUAACUAUUUUUAGCGUAAGUACUUAACAAAAACUACAUGUGUAGGCCGCAGCAGAAGUGUUCGCCAUUCCUCCCCUCACAUAGGAAGGAACGCUUCUGAUGCAAUGCUUCCUAUGAUCCAUCCAUGCAUGCAUCCUAUACAAAGUGUGUUUCCCUCACCCUGAGCUGUUAUUGUUAUUUAUAUGCAGAGUUCAUAGACUGAUUUACAUCACAAUCUUAUGCAUGUUUACUUGGAAGUAAGCUGCACUGUGUUCAGUGAGACAUCUUCCCUAGUAAGUGUGUUUAAGAUUGUAGCUGCUAAGAUUGCUUUACUUGGCUCCCAGCCUUACUUCUCCCAGUUAGCAUGUGGUGAUCGUUGCAGUGGUUCAUAUGCUACCAGUGUAUCAUGGUGGCCACUUUUUCCUGUGGCAGGAUUGCAUCCUUCUCUGGUAGUAUUUGAAAAGUAUGAGAAGCAUUCAUGUUAGUGGUGCUGCCCCUCAUGGGGGAUGCCACACUGGUGUGGCAAUUUCCCCCAAGGAUUUGGUUCAGAGAAAACUUCAACUCAGCUCAUGAACUCACCCUGUGUUUCUGUCUCUUGGAAUAGAAUUCUGCCCUUAAUUCUCUUCUGUGAAUUGGCAAAGAUAUUUUCUUUUCUUGUGAUUUAAAAGGGAGAGUCUGAUAACUUUUUUUUUUUUUGCCUGCUCUAAAAUGUGAAUAAUACAGGAGCAAAAUUGCUUUGUAACUGUUGACCUCUCAGGAAUAGGUUCUGCUUGCAUUGUUUCUGGGGAAAGCAAUACUCCCCCUUAAAAUGGUGGUGAAAAAGUGAACUAAGCUGUGAUUAGCAGAGGGGGGUGCUGUUUAGCAGCACUGUACAACUUCCUAAUUUUUCUUUCAGAGUAGUUCUAAAGCGCACUAUAUGUUCAUCCCAAAGUCAGUACACAGUUGGAUUUCCAUCCUGCCUCUCACAAUCACCAGCAGUUGUUUCUAGAACCUCAUCACCUAUUCUGUUGAUGGGGCAGAACGGAUACAGAUUGCUCUGCAGUGCUGACAGUAGUGGAACUCAGAUUUGUCUAAACUAAAUCAAUUUAGGCUGCAAUCCUAACACAACUUACCUGAGAGUAAGACCGGUUGAAUUCAAUAGGACUGGUUAGGAUUGUGCUGUUAGUUGGUAAGAUGGAGGAAGAGGAUGUUGCUGCUUUUCUUUUAAAAAAUGUUUUGGACUAAAGGGACAACUUCAAAUUACCCCCCCCUUCCAGGGAUUUAGAUAUUAAGAAAGAUAAUGAGUAGCUCCGUUCCUUCCACAUCACAUAGAAAGCAUGUCUCUUAGCAUGAAGUGCAUCAAGAAUUUCCAUAUGUUGCAACCAGUUCAGUAGCUGCUGCUUGCAAAGGCUACUGUUGGCCUCUAUAAUCUUUUGUACAAACAUAAGGAAAGUAAGGGUAAUCGAAUAGUCAAGUACUGACCUGGGACUUAAGUUGAUCAGAUUUGUUUCUUGCUCUGCUGCAGGUUUCUUGUGUGUUUCUGGGCAAGUCAGUCUCUCUGUGCCUCAAUUCCCCAGUUUGUAAAAUUGGGACAAUAGACUCCUACCUCACAGGGUUGUUGUGAGGAUAAAUUUGUUGAUAUUUGUAAGGCACUCUGAGAAAAUAGGGAUGAGUGCCAUGAAGAAGCCAAUAAAUCUUAUUUUCUUUAAAGCCCAGCAAGGUGGUUCAGUCAUAGCCAUGAAAGCAGAAAACUUGCUGGCAUCUCCUGGAUUACUUCCCUGGGACAUUGAUCAGCAACUAAUUUUCAGUAGAGCAGCAUUUUAAAUUGAACAAAGGCUGAAGAGCCAACAGCAUUAGCCCUGACUCACGCCUGCUGAAACCUUAAUGGGCAAAAGACUCCUUGACCCAUUUCAUCAGUAGAGACUGUGCCAGAGUAUUUCCCCUUGUGCAUUUCACCAGCUCAGUCCCUUUGUUGCCUAUGUCUUGGCUUGCCCAGGGGGAGCGAGCAGCUGAGCUGCCCAAGGAAGGGACUCUCGCUGAGCCUCUGUUGCCAAAGAGAUUGUAAAAACCCCUUUGCCUAUGUCUCGGCUCCAUACGAAAGAAAGUGGGGGAGGUACACCACAUGGAAACAGAUCGUUGGUAUUGGGUAGGGAGGCAUGUGGAAGGGCCUUGGGCUGCCAGCUACCUAUCAGUGCUCUAGCAACCUGUGCACAUGCAGUGCUACUGGGCAAUCUGAAUAGUAACCGUACACCACAACCUUUAUAGUUCUGGCUGUCCAGUUUGAAGGAGGGGUGAGUUCUGUAAUGUCAAUGUAGAAGCAAUUCUCUGUAGUCGUUGCAUCAUUUCACUUAGAGCUGUCUCCUGUGCUUGCAAGUGGUGCUUGCUUACUGGAAAUGUGAAGAUCAAACUGAUUCGCCAUCAGGUUAUUAGUUGUGUUGACUGAACAAUCAAAAUUCUGAAUUCAGUGUCUUGCAAUUUUCAACCAUGUCCUUUCCUGUUAUUAAUAAUCCUGUUUAUAAGAUAUAAAUUAAUAUAUUAUUUGCCAGUUGCAAUAUUUAUUUACUACUAUCAGUCAAGUGAGGCAAUGGAAAUUAUUUCUAAUCUGUUUCCCUGAUUUCAGGCUGCCCUGGUAUGUCAAGUGCUGCAGGGUAGUCUUUUAAAUAGUAAAUACAUAUUGCAGGGAUUGAACAGUUUGAGAACCUGGAGCUUAUUUGUUAGGGAUUGUUAGCUCAUUUCCUAUGAAGGAAAGAAGGGUUGGUUACAUGUGGAAAAAACCUAAAUAUCAUUUUUAACAGCUUCAUGAAAUCAAAUACUGUGGACCAUCUAAUCCUUACACUAAGAUGGAGCAGCUUUUGAAAUGACUUUCCUGGUCUCACUCUUCAAAUGCAAAGAAAUUCAAAUUAACUUUUAAAAACAUCCUUAUACAUGCUAAGAGUUGGCACCCUAAGCAGUUCAUCCCAAAAUGCCUAAGGCCUGAUAAACUACUCACUUUCAUGGACAUCUGUAAGAUCUGUAAGCCUGGAUAGGACACUACAUUAGGCAACCCAAACAUCUGAACAGUUUUCUUUUUGAAGUUUGUUUAAGUCAAUUGUGCAGGCUAUACAGUCUUCAUGUUGGCUAGUACAUUUUUUCUGUGUUAAAAUUAUGUUGAUUUAAAAAUGAAAAUGCCCCUAAGUGCUAACAGUUGAGGUGUACUUGAAGAGCCAGUUGAAAAUAAGCAUAGAAGUGAUCAUUUCCCUCUGUUCUUGGCUCUGUUCAGUACCGUGCCCUUAAUUGCAGCUAUUAAAUUAUUGACUUUGUACAUUUUCAAGGAAGUUUUUCAGUUUAAAACAAUGAGGAAUUGGGACCUUUAUGAUCAGGACAUAUUAUUAUAUUGGUGCUCCAAGAAUCCAUUGUGUAUGGUUUCUGAUCAGCCCCUUUCCAUUAACUAUUGCUGCUUCUGUGAAGAAAGGUGAUGUCUGGAGUCAAAGGUAAUAACCUCUUUUUUGCAUUGAGAAAAUUGAUACACCAAUUAAUAACUUUUUUUGCCUGCUGGUUGCUCACUUUCACCUAGAGGUUUUUAUAUUUUAAGAAGGCAUACUAAAGGAGGAAAGAAUAAUGGUGUUCCUUACUCAGUUGUGUAUGUGGCUACUGUAGAGCUAUACAGUACCUGUAGGAAUUCUGCAUGGCCUGUAAAAAAAACUGCCUUAUGUCCUGAUCCUAUGCAGAUUUACUUGGAAGUAAGCCCCAAUGAAUUCAGUGGGGCUUCCAAAUGAGCGCAGACAAGGUUGUAGCCUAACAGUUCCAUCAGCUGCUCUGGGUUUGCUUUGUGAUUUGAAUAUUGCACUUUAAUAGAAACAUAGUAUAUCACCACCCCUUUAAUAUCCUGAAAUUGCAUUUGCAGAAAUAGACAUCUUGGUUGGUUUGGAGCCCAAAUGAAAUCCAAGGGCUCCCCCAUUGAUUUAGCAGUUUGGGCCUAAUAAAAUGAAUUACAAAACUUUAGGGAAAGAUGCACUUUUUUACAGUAGUUUUCUAGAACUGCAUUCAGGAAUAAUACUUAAAACAUUGGCAGUUGCUUAAAAUGUUUGCUGCUGACUUUUAUGCUAUAAUGGUGUUACUUGAAAGAUUUCUACUUUAUGGCUGAACGAAUAGAAAGUUUUCUUUUAGAAAAGCAAGCAGAUGGCAAGUUAUUUUCAGCCCUGCAGAUUGAAAACGGCAACUUCUUGUGUUGUGUCUUCCUCACAAAGAGACCACCAAAGCUAAAUGAUGGGUGGCUGAUCCUUGUUUUUCUCUUGCUUUUUAAAAGCAACUUUUGGUGGCUGAGACUCCCAAGUGCUGUUGUGACAACUCGGACCCAUACCAGUCAGUUUAGAUGGACAGGAUUGCAAUAUUUAGUUGAUCAAACAUUCUGGUCUGCUGGAAAAAAAGCAGUAGAUUUUUAAAAACAAAUUUAAAACAAGCAAUUAUACAAAUUGUAGAUUGCAAACACCAUCUUAGAGGUUCCCUCUGUAAGAGAAAAAAGGUAAUGCAUCUUUUAAGAUGCAUUUUUAUGCUUUAAAGCUAUUUUAUAUGCAAAUAUAUACAAAUUUAAUCAAUUAGCUGACUAAAACUCAUGAUCAACUACGAUUUCUUUAAUCAAUUGACAGCCUUAUGGAUCAGUCAGUUUGUCCUUAUGCACCCAAAUAAGGGAAAAGACAGAUACGGCCAGCUUAUAUAUUCUAUGGCCACUCUGUUCUCCAGGGAGCGUUCUGGAGGCCAGAACUGCGUGUUGCCACACAAACUGGAUAGUCAGGCUCUGUAAUAAAUGGUGUAAUUUUCACAGUUAUGAAAAUUGGGAUUGCAAGUUUUGCUUAAUUUUCCCCUUGGCUAAAUCCUGACAGCUAGUUUUCCCUUCUUCACCAACUCAUGCACAUAACCAAUUAUUGCAUCUCUUUUUGCAACAUCAAUACAUUUUAUCAGUGGUAAGGAGAAUAGGAUUGAAACCAUUUAAGUACUUACCAUUGCUAACUUAUACUGUGAUUGUUUCUGUUGUAUUAGUAACACCUUUUGUAUUCUGAACUAAUAACAAAUAAUGGAUGUUUAUAUGUGGCCUUGGAGUGUGUCCUGUGUUAUGCUGGAGUGCCAUGUUUAUUGACUUUGGAGAGGACAGAAACCACAUCUGGAACACUUGGCCAAAUCAGUGGUGGGAGUUCCUCUUGCUGUCACCAAAGAUAACUUGCACAACUUAUCAAUGAAGGUCUUUCCAUCAAUGAAAAAUGUUUCAAGGCCCCAAUGAAAAUCACAAUCUUACCAUUAUUGGGUGUUCCAUUAUAUGGAAUUCGAUUGUGUACAUGGGAUGCAAGUUGCUUGUCAGUUUUCCCAUUGUAAAUCAACAAAGUCUCCUACCUUUUUGAUUUGGAGGUGAUGCUGGUUUUCUUUAACAGAUCCAGGGAAGGCUGAGAUUUUACAUCAGUAGACCAUUCCUUGCCCUGGAUCCCUUCAAGCAGCCAACACCAACUUCACACUGGGAGUGACAUACUAAUGUCGGACUUGGGUUCCUGCUCUCCACUGCCAUUAUAGCUCUAAUACUUCUCUUUGCAAUUUCUGGUGCCUCUCAACCGUUAAUGGUACUGUCCUUGAUAUUUCAACUGAUUGUUACCUUUCCAUUUAGGAGUUGUACUUGUUUAUACUCGGUAUUUCCCUUUAGGUCUCAGGUCUGUGGUAAAACAUAUUCUGGAGUAGUUUUGUCAUUGGGCUAUUUUGGCAUCAAAGUUUAAGAGAUUUUUCACUCCUUUUUCUGAUUUGUGCUAAUUUUAUUUCUCUCUAAAUAUAUUUGGCUGACGUAGCAAAAAGUUUUAACUCUGUUCUUUCUCCCCCUCAGCUGGGAGAAAAGUUCCUUCUGUGUUUCUGUAAUUGUCCACAGUGCUAAAGAGUUUAUUACAGAAAAUCUUGAUAGACAUUUUGAACUUAGUUUAUGUCCCUGUUAACAAGGUUAAUGUUUAGUUCUGUGAACUGAACUUGAGUAUUACAGUUCAUAAAACAGAUUUACAGAAAUCAGAUUCACCUUAUGCAAAUUCUGUGUGGUGAUGAGCUGCUUGCCUUUUUUGUUUCCCUCAUCCUGACAUUAUGCUGCACAGAAAGUGUGAUAGGUUGAAAGAUGGACUUUUGAUAGUCAUCUGCAAAAUUGGGUAACUGUGGAAAUUGAGGAAUCUAGUGUGGAGAGGGUGAGUGCAAAAAUACAUAUAUGUAUGUGGGUGGAUGUUUAUAUGCACACACAAAUAUAUAUAUAAAUAUAUAUAUAACUUUUUAGGGAAAAAAUAAAGAAAUGUAUUGAUUCUUUAAAUGCAGGGAGAAAUUUUACUUAGGGCUGAUUAUGCUGGCUUAGCAGAGCGUAUAUUUCACAAAACCAGCGUUACAAAAUCCAAGGAUAAUUUAUCUAAUUCCAAGAGGCAUAUACAGUGGGAACCAGAUUUUUUUUAAAGUAUGUGUGUGAAUCAAACAAAAUGUGAGAGAUUUCAUCAGCAUCUUGGUCCCUGUUUACAUCAAGAACACACCAGGACUUUCCUUCCUCCUCCAUCCUUCCUCAUGUCUCAUUUCUAUCUGCAUUACUGCAAGAUGGUAAUCCUGUGUGCCUUUCUUCACCUUAGACAGGGGAAGAAAUAUUAAUAACAUUUUGUGGGGCAGCUUGGUUCCUGGAUUUUUGUGGCCACCUUGGGAGAAGUGUAGAGGCUGCUGCCAAUAAUUACAGAAUGUCCUUAAGACUUUUUUUUAAAUGGUUAUAUCUACCCCUUUCUGUUUACUGAUCCUUCCCUCCCUCUCCCUACAUGUUCCUUCUUUGUUCAAAUGUAAUCCUGGUUUAAAACAAGCAGAAGUCGUCUGAACAAACUACUUCUGUACAAAUCUGGUUUUUACUGAAACAGGUGUUUGGGAAACACUCUCACCAAUGGUUGCUGUUACAGUGAGAUCAAUAAAGAUCUUGAUUAUAUUGA